AUGGAAAGUAGUUCUAGAGAAAAAUUAUUUUGUUCCUUCCACUGUGGCGGUGAAUUUGUAAGGAGUGCUGAUAGUGGUAUGAAGUAUGAGGGUGGAAAUUUCACUGUUGAGAUUGAUUCAAGCACAUUCAUAAAUCUCCUUGAUGAUGUCAGAGUUGAACAAUUGUUUGAAUAUAAUGGAAGAACUGCUCAUGUGUAUGUUACUAGACGGGCUGCACUUGAAGAUGAUCUUGAAAAGAUAGACCAGUUUUUACCAUUUUUAUAUAGAAGUUCGCUAGCUCUUCAGCAUUGGAAUAUUGGUUUGGAAGGCUUCAACUUAUGCAACUUUAAAGGAGGCAUUCCAACAAAAAGUGGAGAAGAUAAUUUAGCUAUCCAAUGCAUUCCUACCCCUAUUCCAGAGAUGAAUGCUAACAAGUGGAAGGAUUUUCUUAUUAGAGUAGGACGAACUUUUGCUCAUGCUGUGGCGUUGAGGAAGGCAUUAUACAAGUAUAGCCUAGUGCACAAGUUCAGAUACAAAUUUCUGAAGAACGAACCAAGUCAAGUUAUUGUGAACUGUGCAGUUGAGGGAUGUCCAUGGUAUAUUGGAGCAUACAAGUUAGGUGGAAAAGAUAAUAGUUUCUUAAGUACAAGAACUUUCAAGGAUCAACAUUUUCAUUUUGCACAAGACAAUCUUAAUGUUGCCCAUAAAAGUAGAUUAAUGCUAAUGUCAUCCAUAAUAAUUGAUAAGCUAAGGGCUUCCAUAGGCAAGUCUCCUAAUGAUAUUAGACGAGACAUCUAUAGGGAAUAUGGUUUGAAACUUAGUUAUUAUCAAGCAUAUAGAGGCAAGGAGAAAGCUUUAUCUGAAAUACAUGGUCAACCGGAUGAAUUAUAUAUGUUAAUUCCCUGGAUGUGUUAA